AUGGGUUCUGCUCCUGCUCCCACAGCUCAUAAGCCUCAUGCUGUAUAUUCAAGCUAUUUGAGAAAUGGGUAUUUGGACACUGUCAUAGACUGGAUUCCAGGGAUGAAAGAUAUGCGGCUUAGAGAUUUCCCAAGCUUUAUUCGGACAACGGAUCCAAAUGAUCUUAUGAUGGACUUCAUGGCGCGAGAAACUGAUAGAUGUUCACUGGCAUCGGCAAUCAUUUUCAAUACUUUUGAUGCAUUAGAGCACUAUGUUAUAGAAGCUCUGUCGUCGAUGUGCCCUCCAAUUUACUCCAUCGGCCCUCUUCACUUGCUUGUCAAUCAACUCCCACAAAGCAGUCUGAAAUCUGUUGGAUCUAGUCUGUGGAAAGAAGAACCAGAGUGUCUCCAAUGGCUUAACUCGAAGAAGUCCAACUCGGUGGUUUAUGUGAACUUUGGCAGCAUCACAGUAAUGACUCGGGAACAACUCAUUGAGUUGGCCUGGGGACUUGCUAACAGCAAGAAGAACUUCCUCUGGAUAAUAAGGGAUGACUUAGUGGUGGGUGAUUCCGCUUCCGCCAUACUGACACCAGCAUUCAUUGAUGAAACUAGAGAAAGAGGUCUGAUUUCCAGAUGGUGCCCGCAAGAGAAAGUGCUCGGGCACCCGUCUAUUGGAGGGUUCUUGACACAUUGUGGAUGGAACUCUACCAUUGAAAGCCUGUCCAGCGGUGUGCCUAUGGUUUGCUGGCCAUUUUUCGCCGAUCAGCAAAUUAACUGUAGGUAUGCAUGCACUGAAUGGGGUGUUGGUUUGGAGAUAGAUAAUGAUAUGAAGAGAGAUGAGGUGGAGAAGCUUGUGAGAGAGUUAAUGGAUGGAGAGAAGGGUAAGAAGAUGAAGAAAAAAGCUAUGGAGUGGAAAAAAUUGGCAGAAGAGGCCAUAGUUUCAGGUGGUUCAUCAUACUUGAAUUUCGACAAACUUGUGAACGAUGUACUUCUGUCCAAACCCUAG